GCUCCGCACUGAGGUCAACGCUGUCACUCGGUGUCUAACCAGCAGCCGGUCAGUCGCAACAGGCGGAGAAACCCAACUAAGACCGAACCAGAACUAACCAGCAUCAUGUCUCUGUCCAACAAACUCACCCUGGACAAAGUGGACGUGAAGGGGAAGCGCGUCGUCAUGAGGGUCGACUUCAACGUUCCCAUGAAGGACAAACACAUCACAAACAACCAGAGGAUCAAAGCAGCCGUUCCCACCAUCAAACACUGCCUGGACCACGGGGCCAAAUCUGUUGUGCUGAUGAGUCACCUGGGUCGUCCCGAUGGAAACUUCGUGCCCGAGAAAUACUCCCUGGAGCCGGUCGCUGCCGAACUCAAGACCCUGCUGGGAAAGGACGUGGCCUUCCUGAAGGACUGUGUGGGGGCAGACGUUGAGGCCGCCUGCGCUGACCCAGCCGCCGGGUCUGUUAUCUUGCUGGAGAAUCUCCGUUUCCAUGUCGCUGAAGAAGGAAAAGGCAAGGACGCCUCUGGAAACAAGACCAAAGCCUCCCAGGCUGAGAUCGACUCCUUCAGGGCGUCUCUGUCCAAACUGGGUGAUGUCUACGUCAACGAUGCCUUUGGCACGGCCCACAGAGCCCACAGCUCCAUGGUGGGAGUGAAUCUGCCCCAGAAGGCCGCUGGUUUCCUGAUGAAGAAGGAGCUGGACUACUUCGCCAUGGCUCUGGAGAAACCUCAGAAGCCCUUCCUGGCCAUCCUCGGAGGAGCAAAGGUGAAAGAUAAGAUCCAGCUGAUCAACAACAUGUUGGAUAAGGUCGACGAGAUGAUCAUCGGCGGCGGCAUGGCCUUCACCUUCCUCAAGGUCCUCAACAACAUGGAGAUCGGUACCUCCUUGUACGACGAGGAGGGAGCCGGCAUCGUCAAGGAUCUGAUGGCUAAAGCCGAGAAGAAUGGCGUCAAGAUCACGCUGCCCGUCGACUUCGUCACCGCUGAUAAGUUUGACGAGAAAGCCACCACUGGCACCGCCACGGUCGCUGCUGGCAUCCCCGCAGGCUGGAUGGGUUUGGACUGUGGAGCAGAAAGCUCUAAGCAUUACGCUGAGGCUGUGGGCCGAGCAAAGCAGAUUGUGUGGAACGGCCCCGUCGGUGUGUUUGAGUGGGAGAACUUUGCCAAAGGGACGAAGAACUUGAUGGACAAAGUGGUGGAGGUGACCAAAAACGGAUGCAUCACAAUCAUUGGUGGGGGCGACACUGCCACCUGCUGUGCCAAGUGGAACACAGAGGACAAGGUCAGCCACGUGAGCACAGGAGGCGGAGCCAGCCUGGAGCUGCUGGAGGGUAAAGUCCUGCCUGGCGUGGACGCCCUCAGCAGUGCCUAAACUUCCCUGGUCAGCUCACUGGUUUGUGUGUGUGUGUGUGUGUGAGAGAGUGUAUGAGUGGGAGGGGUAGCUACUCAACCAGACUCCAUGAAACCUGCUUCAGCCGCCACUCUGGGGUUUUUAGACGUCUGUUUUUAAAUAACCGAGACGUGUGAAGACUAAAUAAGAACAAACGUUUUUUGUGACUGAAACACAACAGAAACACAACAGAAACAACCACAGCAACAACUUUCCAAAGCGUCGUCGUCGCCUGCUGAAGUGUGUGUGUGUGUGUGUGUGUGUGUGUGACAGAGAGAAUGUGUGUAUUGCUGUGUCACUUUUCCAUCGCUGCCCCUGAAAUGUCACUGCAACAAUUUAGAGAACAUAUAUAGAUUCAGUAUAUAAAUAUAGAGCUGGUUAGUGUGUGUGUGUGUGUGUAUGUAUGUGGGUGUCCCUAGAUGUUCUAUUUUCUGCCCAUCGGCACUGAUGUUGGCUCUGGUCCCGUCUUCUCUGGCUGUUUGUGAGCAGCAUCGGACUGAGAUGUGGUUUCCGUCUCAUACGAUCUGUUCAGGUUAAUAAAAGUGUCUGUGUAAAAACAAAAA